AUGGAGGCCGAGCGGCCAACAGGUGAAGAGGAGGGUCAUGAUAAGAUGGGUACCGGAGGUGACGCGUGCGAGGUGCACGAGGAAGCGGGUGCUGAAGAAGCGGGCGAAGACGACGGAGGGAUUGCAGGCAAGAAGUCAGGCUCGCUGGCUCCGUCUCUUCUCGCGCUUCAUCCAUCAGGCUCCACUGUCUUCGCCACCGCCGGUGCCGCUAUCCGAGGCUUCAAUAUUAGCUUGGGAUCCGCGGUCUCGUUCAAGAGCAGCUACGGUGCGGAGCAGGCAGUGUCUCAUGGCGACGCCGUGCGAGCCAUGUGCGUGGACCCUACCGGCCGUGUCAUGGCGACGGCAGGCGAUGAUAAGAUCGUCAAUCUCUGGGUCAGGGAGGAGCAGUCUGCGUCGAACAGCUGGAUAUGCUGCCAUAAUGAGAAGGUGUCCAAGCGGGUGAGCGCCAUGGGGUACAGCAGCGACGGUCGCUGGCUGCUCUUCGCCGAUAAGUUCGGCGUCGUUCACGCUCUCGCUGUGCCGUCGCCGACCGACCUCGCUGCUCAGAACGGAGAAGGAGGCGAAGGCAAGCGAGCGGUGGAGACAGCGAAGCAGCUGCUGGGCCACUGCUGCAGCAUCAUCACCUGCCUCGCGGUGUCGCACGGCAAUCGCUUCAUCGCUACCGGCGAUCGGGACGGAAAGAUUCGUGUGUCGGUGUUUCCAGACAACCCUCUAGAAGGUGCACAUGAGAUCCAGAGCUUCUGCCUCGGACAUACAGGUUUCCUGACAGCACUAGCAUUUGUUGGCGAGCCCGUACUAGCCAAGCACAGCGGGACUGACGGUGCCGCCGCGGCCGGCGAUGGGUCGCAGCAGUUGCUUCUGUCCGCCGCGGCUGACGCAACGGUGCGCCUGUGGGACCCUGUAGACGGCCGCUGCCUCCAGGUGCUGCGCAUGCCGCCUCCGCCGACGCCUGCGCAGGCUGAAGAGCCUUCCCCCAUGGCAGUGGACUCCGCGGGUGCGCGGGAAGAACAAGCGGAAGCAGAGGCGGGAGGCUCGGCGGAGAACGAGGGUGUAGCUAAUUCCGAAGGAGAUGCAGGGGGAAGCAGGGGUGGAAAGAUAGGAUCAACAGCGGAUGGCUCGUCGCUGGUAGCAGUGGCGGUCGAUACGAGUGGCUGUUUGGUCGCCGGAGCUGUUGCCGGCUCUCCACGCGUUUGUCUGUUCCGCUUCGACCCUGCCUCACGCACACUGCAACUCCCUCAGUGCAUCACGCUCAACGAUGGAGUGUCAGCCACCAGCCUUUCCUUUGCUCCGGAUGGCAAGAUUUGGACCGUAGCAGGAGCUGCAGAGUCCCUUCCAAGCGAGGACAGUGUUGUGACGCCAGAAGCGGAGGCAGCAGCUGCAGCCACUGCCGCCCGGAUAGCCCUUGGUGCUGUUGCUCGUGUUCUAGUCCUGGGUGUGGCCCCUGCUGCUGCUCGUCCUGCUGAAGGGUCUGCUGGAAAUGCCUCUGGAUCAUCGGGUGGAGAAACUGAAGGGGCUUCAGUGGAUAUGAAGUAUGAAGUGUUGGGUGAUGGUGAAGUGCCAGGUGGCAAGGAUCUGUUGGCUGCAUUGCAGGGGUCUGUGUCUGGGGAUGUGGCAGCAGUGGCCAGGGAGGCAGCAAAAGGGGCAGUGGAUGGGCUGUGGGGAGCAAUGAAGAAGAAAGAGUAUGGGGAGGAUGAGAGGGAUAUAGAGGAGCAAUCAAUCAAAAUCACCAAGAACAGCACCAGCAAGAGCAGCAAGAGCAGCCAGCCAUGGAUGUCAGAUUCCACGGAUGGGACCGGCGGAGAACAAUCGAUUCUAGCGUCCAAUCUCCGUCGCUUCACAUACAAGGAGCUGCAGGCCGCCACCAACCGGUUCCGCGAUGAGAGCGUGCUGGGCGCGGGCAGCUUUGGCAAGGUGUACCGCGGGGCCAUGGAGGAGUGGCUGGGCGAGCUGCCCAAGGGGGAGAAGCGGUCCCUCGCCGUCAAGAUGCUGGAUGAGGAGAGCUUCCAGGGCUUCGGCGAGUGGAUGGCGGAGGUGCUACUGCUGGGGCGGCUACAGCACCCAAACCUGGUGCGGCUGCUGGGGUACAGCACGGACAGGGACGAGGCAGUGCUGGUGUAUGAGCUGCUCGAGAAUGGCAGCCUUGACUCCUGGCUCUUCCCAGACGACCACACGGGCAAGUACAAGCACCGCCCGCUCACGUGGGAGGAGCGCGUGCGGAUAGCCCUGGACGCCACACAGGGCCUGGCUUAUCUGCAUUCACAGAACGUCAUUCACCGCGACUUCAAGUCCUGCAACGUGCUGCUCGAUAAGGAGAUGCGGGCGAAGCUGACGGACUUUGGCAUGGCGACCAUGGGGCCGGAGUCAGGGCAGACACACAUCUCAACGCGUGUCAUGGGCACCAUGGGGUACCUCGACCCCAAGUACCUCGAGACAGGCCAUCUCACCCCAAAGAGUGACAUAUAUGCUCUCGGAGUGGUGUACUUCGAGCUCCUCACCGGCCGGCCUCCCUCGUCUGGAGGCGACAACGACGACUGCAAGCUGACGACGUGGGUGCGCGCACACGUGGCGCAGCGCCGCCCGAAUCUCGAGGCAGUCAUGGACGAGCGGCUAGAGGACAAAUACUCGCGCGUGGGCGCGCAGAAACUGCUCGUUCUCGCGAAGCACUGUAUCAACGAGGAUCCGGCUGGACGGCCGCAGAUGGAGAAUCUUAUCAAGACUCUGCAGCAGCUGAUGACCCUGCCGGUUGGGGACGAGGGGAAUGGUGCGGCGGGGGCGAGAGGAGGGGGAGGAGCGGGGGGAGAGCUAGGCACACCCACCCCACCAAGGACCCCCACUACACCCACUAGCUUCACCCCUCAUCCUCCUUCUCUCCUUCCGUCGCUCCCCCCGCACGCGCAUCAUCUCCCCCUCCCCCAUUAUCAGCUCCCCCAUCUCCCCCCGCUCCCCCUGUCCGCGACUUUUCCGCCUCACUUUGCGCCCGCAGGGGAACUUUUCCCCCACACGCACGCGCACUUGGCGCAUCUCCCCUUCCCCCACUACCCGUACAUUUCCCCCUUGCACCACGCGGGAUAUGCGGUCGCAGCGCACGGCAAUCUCGAUGGAAUUGUUGUCGGGCAUUCUGGCGCGAUUCCCGGUGGAAUUUCCGGCACAAUUCCCGGCGCGAGUCCCGCGCUUCACGGGAGAACGCCCCCAUUAACCCCGGCGCACGAGGCCCCUUGUCGGGACCCGCAGUUUACGCGCGGAAGCGGUGGCGGAGGCAUGGAAAGCGCGGAGGGGAGGCCCGAGGAAAGCGCGCGCGCACUGAAUGGCGGAGCAGCGGCGCUGCGCGAUUCGGGGUAUUUGGAGCGGGGGGGAGCGGAGCGUAGCGCAGAGGAAGGGAGGGGCCGGGGAGAACUGGGGGAAGAGAGGGAAGCUGCGGGCCAAUCAGAGGAGAAUGGUGUAGAUGAGAGAGUAGAGUGUGACAAUGGGGAAAGAGAGGAGGGGGAGGGGGUGGUGGGGGUGGAGCUACUAGAGGGAGAGGAGGGGAGGGGAAGGGGAGAGGGAGAAGGGGAGGGGGAGGAGGAGGAGCGGGAGGGCGGGGCCUGUGACAUGGGGGAGGAGGGGUGUGGUUUAGCGGUGGGGGAUGGUGGGAUAUCGGCUGUGGGAGGGGAUGGUAUGGCAGUAAGGGAUGAUGCGAUUGAAGGGAGGGAUGCUGCUGCUGCUGGUGAUGGUGGUGAUGGUGAUGGGGAUGGGGAUGGGGAUGGGGAUGCUGAUGGGAAUUAUGCACAGCCACUGCAGGAGCAAGAGGCGGAGCGCAAUGCCAAUUGCAAUGGCAGUGGCAUUCUCAAUGCACGGGCAGCUGGUGUUGAGGCAGCUGGUGUUGAGGCAGGCCAUGGCAGGGCAUCCAUGCAGGGCUUUCUGCCUCUGGCCUUGGAUCAGCAGCUGCAGCAACUGGCGCAGGCAGAGGGGACGCAGUUUGUAGGGGGUUCGGAAGCAGUGGAGGCACAAGCAGAGGGGGCGCAGAGGAGAGGAGGGUUGGCGAGGCAGCAAGAACAGCAGCAACAUGAGCAACAGCAGCAGCAGAGAGGAGGGUUAAUGAGAGUGCAGGGGGUUUUUUCCCGGCUGAUGCACCUGGUGCGAGAUCGGUACGGGGGCAGUGUGCAGAGCUGGGUGAACGCUGCAUUGGCCGCCACAGGGGGACAGAUCAGCAGAGAGAGGGGGAGCAGUGGUGCGGGACAGGCAGCAGGACAGAGCAGAGGGGGGAGAACAGGGCAGAGCAGAGGGGAGAAAACAGGGCAUAGCAGAGGGGACAGAGCAGGGGAGAGAGAGAGGGCAGAGAGCAGUGGGGGAGAGGGGGAAGAUGGCAUGAGGGGGAGCGGACGGGUGGCACGUUGCAGUGGGGAUAAGGCAGGGCCGAGGGGAGGAGAGCGGCGUGGGACAGACGGUGCUGAUGGGGAUGUGGAGCAGCAGAGAGCAAAGAGGAGGCGAGUGGAGCGUGGGGAGAUGGAUGGGGGGGAGGUGGGGGGAGAGGUGUGGGGAGAGAGAGCGCAUAAUUCAGGGCGGGAGAGGGGAGAAGGGGCGGAGGGGGAGCAGGUGGGGAGGCAGGGGGAGGGGAAUGGGGGUGCAUGUGAUGGUGCUGACGAGGGUGCAUGUAUGGAGUGGUUGGGAGAAGAGGGAGGAAUGAGAGGGGGGCGGAGUGGUGGGCAGGAGGAGAGGAAUGCAAGGGGACAGGAGGAGGGGGCACGAGACAGUGGAGACGAUGAGGGGGGAGAGAGCGGGAGAGGUGGGGGAGGAGGGGGAGGAGAGAGGGCGGUGAGGGGAGGUGGGUGCGGGCGGGGGAGAGGGGGGGCGGAGAAGGAAGGGGGCAAGGGGGAGGGGGAGAGGGCGGGCGUGAAGGGGAGGGUUGCGUCUCUCUCUCGCAGGCUGGCUCUUUCCAAGUGGAAGCGAAUCCAGCCGGAGCAGCUCCGUGGAUCCGAUGCAUACGAGCUGGCAGCGACGUACCGCAUGGCUCUGGAGGCUGCUGGCAUGGCCGCAGGGCCAGGGGGCGGUGCGUCUGCUAGUGCUGGUGGUGCUGCUGCUGUUGCUGCUCAGUCUGCUAUGACUGGUAGCGCAAGUGAGGGGACACACGGGGCAGACAGAGUGGUGCAGGGAGCACGAGGAGCAGAGGGGCCCCAAGGGGCACAACAGGGAGCACAUGCAGCAGGGGGAGGAGAGGCGGGUGGCGGGUUGCAGGAGACCCCAUGGGAGGAGCUGACAGUGGCGCAGAUGGAGCAGAUGCUACAGGAAACGAAGAGGCUGAUAGCAGCGAGCGAGCGUGCACACAUCUGCCCACACACCGGCUGCCCGCGCAAGUUUGCCACACCCGGGUCGCUCAAAGACCACCUGAACGAGCACUCGGGGCAGCGCCCCUACCAGUGCUCUGUGCACGGCUGUGGCGAGCGCAUGGCUACCAGGCAGCUGCUGGGGCGGCAUGUCAAGAAGCACGAGUGCUUGCACGCCUGUGCGGUGCCGGGGUGUGGCAAGCGGUUUGCCUUCAGAGAGCGGCUGGUGGUGCAUCAGCGCACGCACAGCGACGAGCGGCCGUUGCAGUGCCCGUGGGAGGGGUGUGAGAAGACGUUCAAGUGGAGCAACUCGCUACACGGCCACCUGCGCACGCACACAGGGGAGAAGCCCUUCCACUGCUCCUUUACGGAGUGUGGGAGGGCGUUUGGGUACAAGGUGGACCUCUCGCGCGACCUGCGUACACACUCUCAUUCCCACCUUGCUUCCUUCCUCAAUGCCCUCUGUCCCGACUUCCCCCCCCCCCUCUUCCUCCCUUGCAGCUUCACGGAGUGUGGGAGGGCGUUUGGCUUCACGGAGUGUGGGAGGGCGUUUGGGUACAAGGUGGAUCUCACACGCCACCUGCGCACGCACUACGGCCAACCAGCGCGGUAG